UUCAAUCUAAUUCAUAAAAUUCAAGAAAAUUAAACACUGCUAACACGUAUAAUGAGUAACAAUUUUUAAACACUCGAUACACGAACACUUUAAAGGGUAAACACAAAAGAAGCCUAAUUGUACAAUUGUACAUUAAAAUACAGUCGCCGCCAAAGGUGUUAACUAACCCCUAUCAAAACCCACUGAGAACCACAUUCGAUUUAAGAGUGUACUGAGAUCGUUGUCAGAUCGAGAUUUGAGUUUAAAAAAGCUGUCCCAAAAGUUGGCCAGUCGUAGAUCGAAAGUGAAGUCAAGAAACAAUUCAAGUACUGGAGACAAUGUCAGAGGAGCACAUCAACGCAUCGACCAGUGAAUUUGCACGGGAGGUGGGUGGCGCCCAAUCGUUACCGAGCGCCCCACCGCCCACUCUCGGUGCCACGCCCCCCUGUUCGCUGGCGCAAAUGACCGCUGGGAGUCGCACACUUGACCGCCGCCUCAAUCCCAACGCGCCUGUGUUUGUACCCGAUUUCAAGGCCAGCCAAGUGGCCCAAAAACUCUUCGAUCAGUUAUCGCCCUACACUCGUUGGAGCACGGCUUCGUCGGAGGACCUGUCUUACGGACCCCGCUACGAUUCCAUCUGGCGCGAGGCUAGCGUCCAGGAUCCGCCGGUCCAUCCCCAUCCUCGUUUCGAUUAUAGUCUGGAUCCUGAUGAGGAAGAGGUCGUGGAACUGGAGUUCGACGAGCAUCAGGCCAUGAACAUCGGAGCCGAGUCCUAUGAUCCCAAAGCAGGCUGCACAGGAAUCAGCCUGGCAAUGGAGAUCCGCGAAGUUGUGGAUGAUAUUCCGCCACAAUUGGAGGCUGAAUUAGAGGCCGCAAUUGAUGCGGAUAAACGCAAUAGGUUUCAAAACCGUCGCUCCUCCAAAGCGGCAAAGGCAUGCUGUCUGGUCAUGUAGACAAGGACUAGAAAAUGUAAUUCGUAUUCGAUUUACACCUAAAUGUAUACUCAUUAAAACGUUGUUUACUCUUAAUAACUUAAUUUUUUUUAUAGGAACAAUUAAGCAUGAAUAAAUAACAAAAUACAAAAAUGUUA